AUGAUUCCGGACCGCAGUCAGAUUAGAUAUCGUAAAAUUUUGCCCGCUGCUCGAGGAUUCCGGACCGCAGUCAGAAAUUGUGAAGUUCCGCCCGCUGCUACAGCGAAUCAGACUGCAGGAAUGGCUGGGAUUCUCUCCGCUGCUACAGCGAAUCAGACUGCAGGAAAGGCUGGGAUUCCGCCUACUGCUGCAGCGAAUCAGACUGCAGGAAAGGCUGGGAUUCUGUCCGCUGCUACAGCGAAUCAGACUGCAGGAAAGGCUGGGAUUCCGCCUGCUGCUGCAGCGAAUCAGACUGCAGGAAAGGCUGGGAUUCCGCCUGCUGCUGCAGCGAAUCAGACUGCAGGAAAGGCUGGGAUUCUGUCCGCUGCUACAGCGAAUCAGACUGCAGGAAAGGCUGGGAUUCUGUCCGCUGCUACGGUGAAUCAGACUGCAGGAAAGGCUGGGAUUCCGCCUACUGCUGCAGCGAAUCAGACUGCAGGAAAGGCUGUGGUUCCGCCUACUGCCAUGUAA